AGAAACAUUAUAAUCAUUUAUUAUUUAUUUAUUUCAAUUUUAGUUAAUUAGUUGUAGUCUUGAUGGACAAAUACUUAUUUGGAAAAUGGAAGAAAACCAGAAAUUAAAAAAUGUAGAGAGAUUCAUUUUGCUCGUCGACGAAUUUCCUCGGAGCCACAAAAUCCGAAGCAAAAGACCAAAUUCGGAAGUUGGAAUUACUUCAUUAUCCUUCAACAAUGAAGAUAAGUCCAUAUUCAUAAUUGGAACUGAAGGGGGUGGAAUAUUUCAAUGUUCAAUCAACUCCACGGUUGUUGCAAAUUAUACAAAUUCAGAUUUUAUUUAUAAAUCUCCGGUAGUUAUAAGUUUUGACGGCCAUCUGGGUCGUACCGAAUCGGUUCACUGUUCUCCACAUUGUCGUAAUGCUUUCUUAAGUAGUGGCGGUGAUGGUGAAAUUCAUGUUUAUUCCUUAUUACAGUCAAAGCCCAUACUGGUUUUAAAGACAAUCUCGGGAUUCAAGAAAGCCGAAUGGUCACCGGUUCGGCCUUUGAUAAUUUCCGCCUUAACUAACGACGGUCAACUCUUUAUUUAUGAUUUAAGUGAUAAUUUAUCAGCGCCUUCCGGCAGUUAUAAUAUAUCCGAAGGAAAAAGUGGAAAUACUCUUCAUUUCAAUGUGCAAAAUACAGAACUUUUAACUACAUCAACUAUGGAUCAAAAUAUUCAAGUUUGGAAAUUGGGUAAACUAAUUUUACCUUAA